AUGAGGCAUGUUGGAGAUACCAAACGAUGCGUCACCCAAAUAUUCUAUGAAGAACAUGCUUUUGCUCUAGGUCAUGCGGUCAUGACAAGCGCAGACCACGUUCAAGCCAAGGGCAACAACCACAUAUUCUUGCAUUAAAGACAGCU